AUGGCUGUAUCCGUGGCUGGGCUGAUCGCAGUCAUCGUCUUCUAUGUGGCCAUUCUGGUGGUGGGAAUCAUUGCAGGCCGGAAAACUACACGUACUCAAGACACGAACGAGAUGUUUCUGGCCAACCGGAACAUGGGGGCGCUAGUAGCAUUUUUUACCUUGACAGCAACGAUGGUUGGGGGAGGUUUUAUUAAUGGAACAGCGGAAAUGAUGUACACUUCGGGGUUUGUAUGGGUCCAGGCACCCAUAGGAUACAAUCUGGCUCUCAUUAUAGCACGUUUUGUUUCAUUGCAGGCGGUUUCCUUCUUUGCCGAGAAAGUCAGGCGUUCUGGUUACGUGACUAUGUUUGAUCCUUUCCAGAACAAGUAUGGUACGCGGAUAGGAGCAUUACUAUUUAUCCUCAGUUGCUGGGAGAUUUGUUCUGACGGCAUCCAUACUAUCCGCUCUUGGUGCGUCGUGUCCGUCAUUCUGGGUCUUAACGCCACCAUAUCCAUCAUCAUUUCGGCCUGUAUCGCUGUAGCGUACACUUUCCUGGGUGGUCUGUAUUCCGUGCGUUACACAGACGUCCUGCAGAUGAUAUGCAUAGCAUUAGGAUUGUUUCUAGCCUUCCCUUUUGCUUUGACAAACGACGCUGUGGAUCUGAGCACUUUAUCUGUCCGGUGGAGAGGAGAGGUGAGGACAUCAGAGAAGAUAGGUCUCUUCCUGGACAGCUACCUUCUUCUCAUUAUGGGCGGAAUUCCAUGGCAGACUUACUUCCAGAGAGUGCUGGCUUGCAGGACUCCACAGAUAGCUAAGUGGGCAUCAGUUGGUGGCGGAAUAGCAGCUGCCAUACAGGCGAUACCACCCAUGGCGAUUGGAGCCGCAGUUAUGGCAGCAGAUUUGAAUCAAACAGAAUACCGAGGACCGAUACCUAUUACCGGACCAGAGAGGAGUCUGAUCUUGCCUAUAGGCUUACAGUACCUUUGUCCCACGGCGGUGUCAGUGAUCGGCCUGGGGGCAGUGUCCGCCGCGGUCAUGUCGUCAGCCGACUCUUGUAUACUCUCCACAAGCUCCGUCUUCGCUCACAACAUAUGGAGAAACAUCUUACGACCCAAUGCGUCAAACUCUGAGCUGAUCUGGGUAUUGAGAGUUGGCAUUCUUAUCGCCCGCAUACUGGGUUCGUUGAUCGGAAUAGUUGUGACCACGGUCUACGGCCUGUUUUUCCUCUGUUCAGACCUCAUUUACGUCAUCAACUUUCCACAGCUGGUCAGCGUCCUAUGGAUCCGCGUAUCCAACAGUUAUGGCUGUAUCGCUGGAUACCUCGUGGGUUUCUUUCUGAGGAUAACGGGCGGCGAGCCACUCAUCGGGAUACCCAGCCUCAUCAAGUAUCCGCUAUACGAUGAGGUCAUGGGGCAGCGGUUUCCGUUCAAGACAUGCGCAAUGCUAUGCAGUUUGUUCACCAUAUUCGCCGUGUCUUACGUCACUGAUUAUGUUUUCCGUAAUGGAAUUCUGGAUAGAAAGUUUGAUUUCCUUAACUGCGCUGUACGGGAAGAUGAACGACCUGAGGCUCUCCGAGAUAGUGAUAAAGAUGGCGAUAAACGUGCACCUUUGGCUACAGAAAAUAUCUCACUUAACCCUAUGUGAAGUUUUUAUUUCUGACAAUGCCUCCAAAAACAAUGUGCAUGUACCUCUCACAUUUUCAAGCACUUUCGGAAGUGAUAUAUUACGUGUAAUACACCAAAUGUACUAAUGCCAUCCUACCGUCAUACAUGUGCAUGCCUUGGUCAAAAGUGUAUUAACUAAUACUGGUAU